UUUCUAUAUGUUCUUUCAACGAAUCAGCUGAUUGUAUAUACGAUUUAUACAAGUUGAUUAUUAAUCUGAUAAGAUUGAUACUAAUGAAUAUAAUUUAAAAUUUGUUUUCAAAUUUAUAUCACACAUUGUGAAGAUAUUUUAAUUUCACAACAAUGGUUCGAAUUGUAUAUUUUAUUAUAUUUCUAAUGAUGAUUUUCAAUGUAAAUUGUAAAGAUUUUGACGUUGAUAUCAAUGGAUAUAUUCUUUAUUGUCCUUGUAUGGGCCGAUUUGGAAAUCAAGCGGAUCAUUUUCUCGGUGCACUAGGUUUUGCUAAAGCUUUGAAUCGUACAUUAGUUUUACCACCAUGGGUUGAAUAUAGAACAGGAGAAACAAGAUCUAUACAAAUUCCAUUUGAUACCUAUUUCAAUGUUUCAAAAUUACAAGAAUGUCACAAAGCAAUGUUGAUGCAUGACUUUAUGGAUAAUUUAGCACCAACGAUAUGGCCACUAAGGGAAAGAGUAUCAUUUUGUUAUUCGCCACGUGGCAAAGGUGAAUCUUGUAAUGCCAAAGAAGGCAAUCCAUUUGGUCCUUUCUGGGAUACUUAUAACAUAGAUUUUGUAAAAUCAGAAUUUUAUGGUCCAUUACAUUAUGACGUAUAUCAUACUGAUAUGGCAAUUCAAUGGAAACAAAAGUAUCCAUCUAAAAUAUGGCCAAUAAUAGCAUUUACUGGUGCACCUGCUAGCUUUCCUAUACAAUUUGAAAAUAAAGAAUUACACAAGUGUUUAGAAUGGAAUGAAUCGAUACAAAGAAAAGCAAAAGCAUUUGUGAAGAAUGUUUUACCUAAAGGAGCAUAUAUAGGAAUUCAUUUGCGUAAUGGAAUUGAUUGGGUACGUGCUUGUGAAUAUACAUCAAUGACUCCAAAUCUAUUCGCUGCUCCACAGUGUUUAGGAUAUCGUAAUGAACGUGGUAAAGCAACGACUGCAAUGUGUUUACCAUCAUUCGACGUGAUACUACGGCAUAUUAAACGUAUCAUUCGAAAUAAUAAUGAUGUUAGAUCAAUAUUCGUUGCCUCUGACAAUAAUUACAUGAUUGAAGAACUUACAAAUUCUCUGGCACGUAUGCAGGUGCAAGUUUUUCGACAAACAGAUCCAGUUUCUCCUCAUUUAGACUUAGCUAUUUUAGGAAGAGCAAACUACUUUAUUGGAAAUUGCAUAUCCUCCUUUUCGGCUUUCGUAGCAAGAGAAAGAGAUGUUAAAGGAUAUCCAACAUAUUUUUGGGGCUUUCCACCAGAAAGAUCAUCACCUUCUAUCACUCGCGAAGAAUUAUAAUGAUUAAUUUAUAAUCGAAAAAAUAUAAAAUAUUUAUUAAGAUGACGCUAUAGCAAAAAUUUUUUAAUUGUUUUAUACUCAUUUUUUAAUAAAAUGUAAUGACAGUUUUUA